UGUGGCUUCGUACUGCUGAUUUCGCGUUUAAUCAGAGCGUACGGUCUCGGACUCAGGCGAGGAUAUUGAUCGGAGUGAAGAGAGGAAGGAUGCCACCGCAGUGGGCGCCGCCUUGCAACAGCGAAUGUACCAACAAAUUCGCUGCUCUAACGCAGAUUCCAUGGAGAGUGUUUUGCAAAAAGGGGUGUGAUGCUGAUGGUGAUACCAUGGAGGAAUGCGUGGAAGAGUGUGAUGGGAUAUGCUACAAAGACCCAGUUCUUAAGGACCAGCAAUGGAGUGCUUAUAUCGAUCGCUCUCCUGGUUCUGUGACCUAUUCAGAGGAAUGCUUUCGUGCUUGCGUAGCCGGAUGUGGGUACAGGUUUGAGAUACCCACAGAGAAAGUUAGUCAAAUUCAAGGACGACCACCAAAACCCCCACCUGAAAAUAAACCAGACACACCCGUCGUUGAUUCCAAGUCCCGGGAUGCUGAGCGAGAUGGGAUGCCUGGUACUUCUGCAUGAAGAAAGCAUCAACACUAUCGUGGCUCUUGGCUAAUAAGUUUUUUCUGCUGCCCAAGCUUACCUCUAUCGGCAACUCAGCCAAACUGUAUCCCGCAAAGGUAACUGAUUGUUCCAUUACAUGACCUUUUUAUUACUGUAGAUCGUAUGAUUUUUUUGUGGAUUUACUUCCCUUUGAAAGGGUUUUUUGAGGAUAUUUAUUGCUGAUAAGAAGAAAGUAGUCUGAAAUGACUUUGUAGUAUUUAUGAUCUAUAUAUACAUUUAUCUUAUUGAUUGUAUUUUGGAUUCGUGAAACUCACUCAUGAAUGUAAUGAAUUUUAAGAAUUGUAAUGA